CCAGCUUCUGAAGCCGAAUCCACAGCUCUGAACGCAGGUGCACUGAUCCUAUGCGAGUAUCUGACAGUUGGAGGGGGGUCUGAAUCAGCGUCUCUGACGCAGGGCAACAUUUCGACAGCAAUGGAUAGAGUAUGGUCGGUGAGCGAGGGCCUCAGUAAGUGUGGCUUUGCAGGCCAAGCAGCACACGAGGUUUUACUGCAGUCAGCGGCAAGGUUGCUCUAUUUCCAUGCUAGGCAAGGUCCGUUUCGAAGCGCCUAUCUGCGAGAGCAGCUUGCCAAAUGCCUAGGUAUCUUCCCUAGGAACACAAUGUUCCCUGAGCCUUUUUGCGUGGGCAUCUUCAAGCUUUGGCAUUGACGACCCCGUCGGGGACAUGCUUCGCAGCACUGCCCUCGCAAAUCAGAACGAUUGUGUCAGCAGCCGGAUCUUUGCCAUCAAAUAUGAGCUGCAAAGAGGCAACUCGCACUCGACCCGUGCCGCCUUUGAACAGGCGCUUAAAAGCCCAGCGUGUCGAGCCAACAGCGAGUUAUGGCGGAGCUAUGUUCAGUUUAGCCACUCGCGGAAGGAACUCCGAGCCAAGGCAAAAGAAAACUUCUUCCGUGGCCUUGGGCAGUGCCCGUGGUCCAAAGACCUGGCCAUGGAGGCGUUCACUACGCUGGCCAACGUGAUGGAUGAGUUUGAGCUGGGAUCAGUCUUCAACACGAUGCAGUCCAAGGGCCUAAGACUUCAUGUGGAGCUGGAUGAGUUUCUGGCCGCGCAGGGCAGGGAAACAGGAAGGCGGUAAGAGAGAGAG